AUGUCUGUCUUCAACGCCUCCCGCUUGGUCGGCAAGACCGUACUCAUCACUGGCGCCAGUGCUGGCAUCGGAGCGGCGACAGCUCUCUUGUUCGCAAAGGGCGGCUCAAAUGUUAUCCUCUGCGCUCGCCGCACUGAGGCUCUCAAGAAGGUAGCGGAGGCAUGUACAGCAGCACAUAAGGAGUCUGGUCUGCAGCAAGGAGGCAAGUUCGCGACUGUGCAGUGCGAUGUCUCGGAUACGAAGCAGGUCGCGACCCUGUUCGACAAGAUCCCCCCUGAGCUGCACAACAUCGAUAUCCUCGUGAACAACGCUGGUUUUGUGCUCGGCGUGGAACGUGUAGGCGACAUCUCUUCGGCCGACAUUGAGAGCAUGUUCGCAACGAAUGUCUUCGGACUCAUUGCUAUAACGCAACUAGUGGUCAAGGGCUUCAAGGCCCGCAAGUCCGGCCAUAUCAUCAACCUUGGCUCUGUUGCAGGCAGAGAAGCGUACGUUGGUGGCAGCAUUUACUGUGCGACAAAGCACGCUGUAAGAGCAUUCUCUGGUUCCCUCCUUCGUGAGGUUGUCGACACUCCGAUUCGUGUCACCGAGAUUCAGCCUGGCAUGGUCGAGACUGAGUUCUCCAUCGUGCGAUUCCGUGGGGACAAGUCAGCAGCCGACAAGGUCUACGAAGGGCUCCAACCUUUGGUCGCGGAGGACAUCGCGGAGGAGAUUGUCUGGGCAGCAUCACGACCACCACACGUUAACCUUGCUGAGGUCUAUGUCCUCCCAGUCAACCAGGCUUCACCCACACUUAACUACAGGGGUGGAAAGUAA